AUGGUGAGGAUUAGAGAUACAACGUCCAUGGCGGACGCCAGAGAGCAGCAGGGGAACACUGCUCUUUCACAUGCAGAGGAAGAGAGAAUCUUCGUUUCGAUCAGAGUAAGGCCUUUGAACGAGAGAGAAAGAGCGCGGCACGAUAUGUCCGACUGGGAAUGCGUUUCUGGCAACACCAUCAAAUUCAAGAACAGCGGCCAUGCAGAACAGCGACCACUGUCAAUGGAUACCUACACCUUUGGUGAGAAACAUGAAGAUGCCCUGUCUAUGGAUAGGGUGUUUGGGGACAGGUGCGAUACAAGGCAGGUUUAUGAACAAGGGAUUAAGGACGUUGCCCUUUCAGUAGUUCGGGGUGUCAACUCUAGCAUUUUCGCAUACGGGCAGACAAGCAGUGGAAAGACGCACACGAUGACUGGCAUUACUGAAUACGCAGUAAGGGACAUAUAUGAAUACAUAGAGAAGCAUAAAGACAGAGAAUUUGUUGUUAAGUUCUCCGCCAUGGAGAUCUACAAUGAAGCUGUUAGAGAUCUUCUCAAUGCAGCUGCUACUUCACUAAGAAUUCUAGAUGAUCCAGAGAAAGGGACUGUUGUGGAGAAACUCACAGAAGAGACACUGGCGGAAAGGAGACAGUUACAACAACUCCUUUCAAUAUGUGCAGCUGCAAGGACAACGGAAGAGACAGCGAUGAAUGAAGCUAGCUCCAGAUCUCACCAAAUUCUUCGAUUGACAGUUGAAAGUAAUCCUUGUGAUUAUGCAGACGCCGCAAGAUCUGGAGCUCUCUUCGCCAGUGUGAAUUUUGUUGACCUAGCAGGAAGUGAACGUGCUUCUCAAGCACUGUCAGCUGGCACAAGAUUGAGAGAAGGUAGCCACAUAAAUCGCAGUUUACUGAGCCUAGGAACUGUCAUUCGGAAACUAAGCAAGGGAAGAAAUGAACACGUACCUUACAGAGACUCAAAGCUUACUCGCAUUCUGCAGAACUCGUUAGGUGGUAAUGCCAGAACAGCGAUCAUUUGUACCAUUAGUCCUGCAAGGAGCCAGAGUGAACAAUCAAGAAAUACUCUGCUUUUUGCUGGUUGCGCAAAACAGGUGACUACCAAUGCUCGGGUCAAUCAAGUGAUGUCAGACAAGGUUUUGGUAAAACAACUGCAAAAGGAAUUGGCUAGACUGGAGAAUGAAUUGAAGAGCUUCACUCCAAAUACCGCCUUACUCAAGGAGAGAGAACUCCAGAUUCAAAAGAUGGAGAAAGAGAUCAAAGAAUUGACCCGGGAGCGUGAUCUUUUUCAAUCUCGAGCUCAAAAUAUGCUCAAGUCUGAUGGGAAAGAUAGAAUUCCAAGAGUAGGCAAAGAUUCAGCCUCAGAAUCGUCAGGUCUUGCUAAUGAUCUCUUUCGCAGGACAGACAGCGCAUCUGAGACUCUUGAAAUAACAACAUCCAGUUUACAUCAUACUGGGAAUUCUGAAGACGACUUUCUUUUGGAUGGCAAUUCUCCCACGUUUGCUGGGCCUGAUCCAUUUCAUGGUUGGGAGGAGAUGGCCAGCAUAGCUGAACCUGACUGCGAGGAGGUUCCAUGUAUCGAAAUAAAAGAAGUGGAAACAAACCACAAAACAGAUGUUAAACCAUCCCCAGAGAAUGAGCAGAGUGAGUUAAAUACUUUUGAUAAUACCAGCGACCUUACUAUGGACCUAUUAAAGAAAUCCAAUGGGGCUUCUGAAACCGAUCCACAUGUUUUGGAUGCCAUGUCUCCUCCUCAAAUAGAUAAGGUGGAUCAAGAAACUUCUAAAAAUCCUCAGAUAAGUAAUUUGGAGCAGGAACCUGCCACACCUCCUCAACUUGAGGAGCCGGCACAGGUAUCAGUCACAUUACCAACUGAGAUCGAAAGGAAAAACUCUACUAGUUCGGCUUGCUCUGAGGACAAGCUACCCGAAUCGAAGUUACAAACUAGAAAAAGAAUGUCUUCCAGAAAAAAUUCUUCAAGUGACGAUAUAAAUGUUUCAAUUGAAGACGUAGAAUCCCUUUGGGAUUCUGAUGCGGAGGAUAAUGCUAGCGUCCUCAAUUUUGUCGUAGGAAUGAACGAAAGGGCUAAGCAAAAGCCAUUGGACGAGGACAUGGAUGAUCUUAUGGUACGCGCAAGGACAUCUGGAAUCAAUAAACGUGGGAACAAAGUAAAAGGAAUCGGUUACAAUGGAGCUCAUGGGGAUUAUAAUUUUGAGAGGCAGCUGAGAGAUACAAUUCAACUUUGGGAUGCAUGUAAUAUACCGUUGGUACAUAGAUCCUAUUUUUAUCUUCUCAUCAAAGGUGAAAUUUCGGAUGCUGUGUACCUUGAUGUAGAGCUCAGACGUUUGUCCUUCCUUAAGGACACGUUUUUUAGCGCAACAAACAGUACAGGACAUGGUUCGGAUGUCACACCUAAUUCAAGUUUGAUGUCACUGAAUCGUGAGAGGAAAAUGCUAAGCAAGCAAGUGCAUAAGAAGUUUUCGUGGAAGGAAAGAAACGAACUUUACCUGAAGUGGGAUGUUGAUUUGAAAUCUAAGCACAGAAGUGUACAGUUGGCAUGGCGCUUAUGGACGAAUACUAAGGACUUGAACCACGUAAGGGAAAGUGCAGCACUUGUUGCGAAGCUGGUUGGUUUCAUAAACGCGGCUGAGGCCCCAAAGAAAAUAUUUGGAUUUGGCUUCUUAUCCCGUCGUACGACCUAG